AGCAAACAUGGAGGAAACGCUGAGCCGAAUCACGGCUGCCGCCUCUUUAGAAAACACAAAGUGGUGAUUUAAAGCCGAUAUGUAGCAUUUUAAACAUUGUUACUGUAUUUAUUUUAAAAGUGGACGUCCUCUAGAGGUGUUCGGCUCAAGUAAAAUGUCACUGAGUGCGUCGUGUGAGUCCGUCUCUCAGAAAAGAACUCUGUCAAGCCUCCUGGCUGGCCGUGUGGUGAAGAAGCCCAAGCAGGGAGAUGGUCGGCGGCUGCAGGAGGCAGCGAUCCAGCUUCUGCAGCAGCAGCAGGACCUCGGCCGCCUGUUCAGGGAGGUCGGGAAACCAGAUCCAUGCAACGUGUUCUACUCUCAGGAUGGAGAGCAGAACCAGACCCGACCCACAUGCAUCUCAUCUGCCUUCGCAGGCUCGCUGCUGGCGAGUGAACUGAGGCGUCGGGCUGCAGAGAUGAACGUCUCGGUGGAGGAGCUGUCGGUGAAGAUGGUGCUGGAGAGACUGAAGGAGAUAACGGAGGUGGAGGAGGAGGAGGUGGAGGAGAGGAGGCAGAUGCUCACUUCCUCUCAGAGAGUCCAGAUGUGUCUCCUGCUGGAGUCCAGUCGAGAACUGUUGUCUCAGGGAAACUUCAGCCCCAAACUCCUCUGGCAGGAGUUCAGGAGGGAGCAGCGGAUCCCUAAACUGGAGGUCGUGUAUCAUCUCCACGUUCACAACAUCCUCAGUCUGAAGUUCAUCGUAGAGAGCGAUGACGGCGUCCGGUCCUGGUUGGUGUCUCAGCUGAAGGCUCUGAGCGACUGGACGCCUCCGCGGGAAGAAGAAGAAGAAACCAAACGGGUUCAACACAAACUCUUAUCAACUGUGGUCGGCGUCUUGGUGGGAACCGGGUUUGAGCCGAGUCCUGAACCAGCGUCUGGAGACCGGAGGACGUCCCAGCUCUGCUGCUCGGUGCUGGACGACAUGCUCUUCUGGCUUCUCGACUCCGUGGAUAAGAGCGUGGACCUGCAGUCGGCCGGAGCUGGAGCAAAGCUAUGGAUCCAGAUGUUUGAUGCUUCUCUCUGUGGAGUCUCAGUUUCUCCAGAAGCUCUUCAUCGGUUCUUCACUCACUCGCUCACUCAGACUCUCACCUACAAACCGCGACUAACGGUAUCAGACGCCGUCACUCUGCAGAACCAAUGGACCUUUGCUAAAACCAGUCGCCUGUUGACUCAGCUCUUCUGUAAGCUCGCUGUGAUCUUCAGCGUCGAGCAGCUGCUGCAACAUCUGCACCAGGUCCUGGAAACACACGAGGUCAACUGGAAACUGGUCCUGUGCUUCCUGUCCACGCUGCUGGUUUACUACCACACAGCCCAGUCCAGCCUCACAGAGCUGCUGUCCCGACUGUUGAGCUCCGCGUUCCAAGGCUACGACCUGGAGAACAUGAUCACGGCGUUCCUGUUGGCUCGCCAGGGUUCUCUGGAGGGUCCCGGGUUCUUCCCCUCCUACUCCGACUGGUUCAAGAUGUCUUUUGGCGGCGGCAGCAGUUUCCAUGCGAGCAGUAAGAAAUCUCUGGUGUUUCUGCUGAAGUUCCUGUCGGACCUGGUUCCGUUUGAGCCGCCACAGUACCUGAAGGCUCACAUCCUCCACCCCCCCUACGUUCCCACAAAGCACCGCAGCCUCAUGAUGGAGUACGUCUCCCUGGCCAAGACCAGACUGGCCGACCUCAAGGAGCCUGUGGAGGACAUGGGUUUAUACGAGGACGUGUCGGGUGGAGGCGCUUCAGCGCAGCCUCAGUGUCAGGCCGCCCAGGAUGUGGAAAAGGCCGUGUCUCUGUUUGAGAGCACGGGAAGAAUCUCUGCCACAGUCAUGGAGGCCAGUAUUUUCAGGCGGCCUUAUUUCCUGACACGAUUCCUUCCUGCUUUGCUUUCGCCGAGAGUGCUUCCUGUCAAACCCGACGCUCGCAUGAGUUUCAUAGAGGCGCUGAAAAAAGCCGAUAAGAUCCCUGGUGGCCAGUACUCGUCGUACGUGGAGGCCUGUCAGAAGCAGCGGCAGCAGGAAAGGACGUCUCCGUCCUCAGACGCCAACGUGGACCCUCAGGACGUCCUGAAGGUUCAGCUGAAGGAGUUCAGGACGCUGGUGUCCAGAGGACAUGAUGGAGAGACGUCCACCCAGAUGUCCAGGAUCUCUCACACCCUGAGCGUCCUCUUCCCCGGUUGUCCCAGUGAGCUGGUUGGACAGACGGUCAUCAGACUUCACGUGGACGCUCCUCUGUCCUCUGAGCUGCAUGUUAACGUCAUCGACAUGAUCCUGGAAAACUUCUCUCAGUGUUUGUUAGAAAAUAAUCCUGAUAAACGAAGCUCGUGGGCGUCCAGGUUCGUCAGAGCUCUGCUCGGAAACACACAGCUCCUCUCCAGCCUCGUGCACAGACUCUGGGACCUUUUCCUCCACCAGGGGCCGUCGCUGCCUCCCGACCGUUUGCCCGGUCUGGCCGGAUUCGUGGUCCACCUCUACGCCUCCAUGUCCCAGAAUCCUCUGGUGCAGCUGGUGCCUCCUCCGCCCACCGGGCCUCAGCCGGUGUCGGUGGGAGACGCUCUGAGCUCAGCGUUGGUCUGUAGCACCAGCGCCGACAUGAUGUUCUGUCUCAGGUUGUGUGUAGCUGCUGUGAGUUAUGGGAUGUUCAGGGGGGUCGACUUCACCCCCCCCAGCCUCUACAAGAAGCUCCUGUACCUCGUUCCUCGGCUGGUGCCUGAAGCCAGAAGAGGAGGUGGAGGAGGAGGAGGAGGAGGUGGAGGUGGAGGAGGAGGAGGAGGUCUGAGUGAGCAGGAGGUGGGGAGCCUGUUGGACCUGUGGAGGAGCUCCUCUGACCUCAGCAGCUGGAGGAGGAGCUCCUGGAGGCUGUGGACACUUCCUGUCUUCAGACAGCUGGAGGAGGAGGCGCAGUAUCAGCUGUCGCUGUCUGAGUGGCUGGACCAGGAGCUGCGGGUGCAGAGGAGUGAGGACGUCCUGUGCGACGCUGAGCGCCAGGAGUACCAGCACUGGGCCGUCCUGGAGCUUUUCCUGACCCGGCCCCGGGAUCAGGGCGGAUGUGGAGGAGACGUGAAGACCCUCUGCUCUCAGCUGCUGAACGCCAUCAUGGACCAGGAGCCGAGCAGCGACCAGAGGCUGAAGAAGCUGAAUCCCAGAGGAACCUGUUUACCCGACAUCCUGUCCAGGUUACAGGAACUCGUCUAUGAGAUGGAGGUGACAGACGUCUGCAGCAGUCGUGGUGGAAGUCCAGUGGGUGUGUGUGACGUCCUGUUUGAGGUUGUCUCUCAGAGAUGCUCUUCUUCGUCCCCUUCGUCCCCUUCGUCCCCUUCGUCCUCUUCGUCCUCCUCGUCACAAAGCGUCGGCAUUGAGCUCAGCCGGCAGCAAACGCUCCAAAAGUGGAACAGGGUCCUCCUGUCCCUCCCUGCUGUGACGAGCUUUAAAGUGAAGGCUGAAGGAGGGAGGACGACUGUGGACUGUAGUAAACUGAUAGAACAUGUCAACCAGCACCAGAGGGGGGCGUGUUCUCCGGCCGGCCUUCUGCCCUGUCACGUAACCUCACACUUCCUCAGAGGUCUGAUCUGUGCCGCCGGACGCUGUGGACGUCCCAGAGACGAGGUCAACAAAGCCUGGUCUCAGAUCAGUGAGCGCUGUCCUCUGCUGCUGGUCUCCACCGUGCGCUGGUGGCGGCGUCUGUCUCCGGUUCUUCUGUCUCUGUGGCGUCGUCUCCGUGGUGAAGAGUCUCCACCGGAGCCGCUGCAGAUCCUGGACGACUGUCAGCGCUGGGCCUGCAGCCUGGAGCAGCUGUUAGCCACGCCUCCAGCUGCAGGUCAGCUGUUAGCCCCGCCUCCAGCUGCAGGUCAGCUGUUAGCCCCGCCUCCAGCUGCAGCGCUGCUGUUAGCCGCCAGCCUGUACGGAGGAAACCACAGGAACUACAGAGCUGCUCUGAACUCACUGCGACCAGAGACGGACGCCAGACACAGACAGGUGCAGGUUUUUCUUCUUUUCCUGUGUGUCAAUGACUUCCUGUCAGUGCUCCUCUGCCCUCAGGAGAAGAACCUUAAAACGCUGAGGAACGUCUGCUCUGAGCUGCUGACUUCACUCCUGGACUCCGACGACUGGCUCCUCAUCUUCAGGCCCAACGAACGAGGCGUUUAUCAGUCGGUUACCAUGGUGACGACGGACGAGUUUACCCGACUGAUGCCCUGGGCUUUCUGCAGUUUGUUGCAGCAGCAAAGUGAGGAGUUGCUCCAGAGAGCCGCUGCACACCGUCCAGAUUUCCUCCACACCUCCAUCGCCUGCUACCUGGACCUCCUGCAGCUCCUCCUGGACGGACUCACGCCUCCACCACACACCUCCCCGUCUGAGGAGGAGGAGACGGAUUCUUCUCAGAUCCUCGUUUUCAUGAAGCAGCUUCUCCUCAGACUCGUCUCCUCUCAGACGUCGUCUCCUCUGUCGUCCGCUCGGCUCAGACAGCUGGAGUCCCGAUGUGCAGACCUGGACCCGGAGCUGGGGGCGGCUCUCUCCUUACACCUGGACCCCCCCAGCCUCAGCCCAGACCUGGACUUCUUCUGAGGCCGAGCUCUUUCUUUAACGGAGAUGGUAACAGGACCAGAACUAAACGAAAAAAAAAAAAAAAAAAAAAAAACUUGUUCCAUGACCAGAUUUGUAAAAAACAAACGUCUGUAUUUUAUUUACAACGCUUUAAUGCACACAUGUACAUCUGGAGCCCUUUCACUGCUACAAUCCACAGAUACACUCUAAAAAAAAGAGUAAUAACUUAAUAAAAACAGCUACUAAAACUAGA